AUGGCCAAGCUGAGCAAAGCCGUCGGCGCCCUUCUUUUGGCCGGUUGUGCUGCUGCCAGUCUGCCGCCUCUCUGCGGUGAAUACACCAAAAACCUAACCGGGACAACCUCCUACCUCCCCAACUUCUUGACCAACAACCCUCUACCCAAUGGCUAUCCUUGGGGUACUUGGCAAGCCAACGAUACUGAUGCCUACAAUCGAUGGCCCGAGACGGGCGUGAAGCGUCACUACGACUUUACCCUCACGCAGACCCCAUGUGCACCAGACGGCAUUUCGCUGAUGUGCUACACCAUCAACGGUCAAGUCCCCGGUCCACUCAUUGAAGCGAAUUGGGGUGAUUGGAUCGAAGUCACUAUCACGAAUAACCUUCCCGACGAGGGUACCGCUUUGCAUUGGCACGGUUUCCAGCACAAGGGCCAUCAGUGGAUGGACGGUGUGCCUGGUGUUUCACAGUGUCCGAUCGCGCCUGGAAAGUCUUUCACUUAUCUGUUCCAAGCACAGCUCUAUGGAUCAAGCUGGUAUCACAGUCACUACGAUGCUCAAUCUGCAAACGGAGCAUUUGGUCCUUUGGUCGUCUACGGUCCCAAUCAUGCUGAAUAUGAUGAAGACAUCGGCCCGGUCAUUUUGUCGGACUGGGUUCACAAACCUUACCAAGAGCUGGUCCAGACAUUGAUGGCACCAUUCCCGGACAUGCGCAUCCCGCCUUCAAACAAUAAUUUGAUCAACGGCAUGAAUCCUUACGGCAAUGCCGAGGGCUCCAUCGCCAAAUAUCAAUUCAAAUCUGGAAAAUCGUACCGACUUCGUCUCAUCAACGCAGCAUGUAUGGCGACUCAGAAGUUCACGAUCGACGGGCAUUUCUUCAAGGUCAUUGCAAACGACUUUGUACCGAUCGAGCCGUACGUGACGGAUCACAUCACUCUUGCGGUCGGACAGCGAAGCGAUGUGAUUGUCGAAGCAUGGAUGAAGCCUGGCUCAUCUGUAUGGAUGCGGUCAUGGAUCGCGCCAUGCUCCCAACGGAUCGGACAGGUCGAAGCCAAGGCCGCCAUCUACUACGAUGAAGCCGAUCACUCCAUCUUUCCAACCUCAGCAGCAGGACCCAACGCGUACAACACGUUCUGCGGAAAUGACGACUUGGCACUCACCUUACCAGCAUACCCAAUCGCACCUCCACCUCCCAGCGUGCAAUCCAUCAUCCCCAUCACAGCCCAGACAAACGGCACCCAUCUCCUCUGGUACAUAGCCGGUCGAACCUUCCGCACCAACUACAACGACCCAGAUCUCCUCGAAGCCAAACUCGGCCACCUCGACUUCCCCUACAUUGAAAAUGUCCACAACUACGGCACCAACACCUCUAUCAUCUUCGUCGUGCAAAACACUGGUCCCAUGCCUCACCCGAUGCACCUCCACGGCCACAACAUGUUCGUGCUCGCGUCAGGAAAAUGCCUCGACAACCGCACGGCCACCGCCUUCCCUGGCGAAGACGGCAGCGACGUUAACCGCGCCUCUUUCGAAUUCUUCGCGGAGAAAUUCACCGAGGCGCCUAACGCCGACGAAUCGACCUUCCAGUCCUGCUGGGACGGUCAUAUCACCAACCCACAGAAUCCGCAACGCCGUGACGUCCAACAGGUCCUCCCCGGCGAAUACCUCGUCGUGCAGUGGAACCAGGACAACCCCGGUGUCUGGCCUUUCCACUGUCACAUGACUUGGCAUGCGGCGUCCGGUUUCGUCAUGAGUAUCCUCGAACGACCUGAGGAUAUUAUGCGCAUGGAGAUUCCGAGUGUUAUGGCGCAGACAUGUCGUGAUUGGGCAGAGUGGACAGGAGGGAAUGUUGUGAAGCAGAUUGAUGAUGGGUUGUGA